CUACCGCGGUCACCAGGGAGCUGCGCGCGCUGAUGACGCAGCGGCGCCCCUAGCGACCGCGGUCACCAGGGAGCGGCCGAGCUGCGCGGCGGCAUGGACGCGACCACCGCCCCGCACCACAUCCCCCCGGAAAUGUCCCAGUACGGAGAGGCGAACCACAUCUUCGAGAUGAUGCAGAACAUGCUGGAGCAACUCCUGAUCUACCAGCCCAAGGACCCCAUCCCGUUCAUGAUUAAUCACUUACAACUAGACAACGAUAACGUGCCGAAGAUUGUAAUAUUAGGUCCACCCGCCUCGGGGAAAACAACUAUAGCAAUGUGGCUUUGCAAACAUCUGAACAGCAAUCUUCUAACCAUGGAGAACUUGAUAGCAAAAGAAUUUUCUUCUCUGGCUGCAGAGGCCAGGAGGCAUUAUCAGACAGUCAAGACAGUGCCCAGCAUGCAGCUUGUCAGACUGAUUCGGGACCGCCUGAGUGAGGAGGACUGCAUCAGGCGGGGCUGGAUCCUGGAUGGCAUCCCUGAAUCUCGGGAGCAGGCUCUGAUGAUCCAGACCCUCGGGAUCACCCCCAGACACGUCAUCGUGCUGAGUGCUCCAGACACAGUCCUGAUUGAGAGAAACUUGGGGAAGAGAGUCGACCCUCAAACUGGAGAGAUUUAUCAUACCACCUUUGACUGGCCCCCUGAGCCUGAAAUCCAGAACCGACUGAUGGUGCCAGGGGGCAUCUCGGAGCUGGAGACAGCAGGGAAACUGCUGGAGUAUCACAGGAACAUCGUCAGGAUCCUCCCCUCGUACCCCAAAAUCCUGAAAGUCAUCAGUGCCGACCAGCCGUGCAUGGAUGUCUUUUACCAGGCUCUGACCUAUGUCCAAACCAACCGUCGAUCUAAUGCCCCGUUCACCCCGAGGGUGCUGCUUUGCGGGCCCGUGGGCAGUGGGAAGAGUCUGCAGGCUGCUCUCCUGGCCCAGAAAUACGGCCUCGUCAACGUCUGCUGUGGGCACCUGCUGAAAGAGGCCGUGGCAGAAAAGUCAAAAUUUGGCGAGAUGAUCCAGCCCUUUUUUGAAAAGGACACGGCAGUCCCUGACAGCAUCAUCGUGAAGGUGCUGAGCCAACGCCUGAGCCAGCAGGACUGCCUGCAGAAAGGGUGGGUGCUGCACGGCUUCCCGAGGGACCUGGACCAGGCGCACUUGCUGCACAGCCUGGGCUGCAAGCCCAACAGGGUGUUCUUCCUGAAUGUGCCAUUCGAUACUGUCAUUGAGCGGCUGACCCUGAGAAGAACCGAUCCUGUCACGGGAGAAAGGUACCACCUCAUGUACAAGCCACCUCCAACCAUGGAAAUCCAAGCCCGUCUCCUGCAGAGCCCCAAGGAUGCUGAGGAACACAUCAAGCUCAAAAUGGACCUGUUCUACAGGAAUUCCGCGGAGCUGGAGGAGUUCUACUGGCAGGCCCUCACCCUCAACGGGGACCAGGACCCGCACACGGUCUUUGAAUACAUAGAGAGUGGGAUCAUCAAUCCCCUGCCCAGGAAAGUGCCCUGACGGCUUCUGAGCAAGGAGCAGCCCCCAGGGAAACAAGGUUACCCGCCCGCCCCCCCGCCCCCACUGCCUUCUGGAGCCUCAGCUAGGCCAAUAAAGAGCUCUGGGUGCAGUC